GUUACAUUUAUAUGUAUUUAUGUAUAAAAUGGUCUUCAUAAUUUGGAAUUUUGUAAAAAAUGGAUCUAAAGUUAAUUUGGCUAAUUUUUUUUUUCUGUAACAAAAGUUAAUUGGAUUUAUAAUUUUAUUUUCUGAAUGGGUUGUAUCAGUUAAAUUAUCAUUUUUAAGUUAAACGCCCAAAGCCCAAUUAAUAAUAUUUGUUUUGCUGAUAACAAAUUGAGAUUAAAUAGGGAUAACAUAUAAUAUAUAAGGAAGACCAAAAAAUAAAAAUAAAUAAAAGGUUCAACAACUUUUUAUAAGUAAAUUUUUAAAAACUAAUUUCCUUUUAAUAGUAUAGAUUGAAACAUGAAGAAAAAAAUUAUAUGCACAUAAAAAUUCCACGACGUUGAAUCGUGUAAGGUCGAAUAUUUCUUAAUUUAAGUAUUACUAUAUAAAAAGUUUAAGACUACCACGUCGGUAAUGUGCCUCCACGAAACUCUCUUUAUAUAUUCUCAUUUCAAACUCGUCUAAAUCCAUCGACAAAGCAUUUAUCUUUCUCGGCAAGAAACAACAGAGUACCGAGAAAAAAUGGCGGUUUCCGCAACCAAAAAGCCUUUAUUGUUGUUGUCUCUCUUCUUCUUUGUCGUAGCUGCAUCUGCCGGAAACUUCUACGAGAGCUUUGAUAUCACUUGGGGAGAUGGUCGUGCCAAAAUACUCGAGGAUGGUCAGCUUCUCACUUGCACUCUUGACAAGAUAUCCGGCUCAGGUUUUCAAUCCAAGAAGGAGUAUUUGUACGGUAAGAUAGACAUGAAGCUCAAGCUUGUCGCUGGAAACUCCGCUGGUACCGUAACCGCUUACUACCUUUCAUCUAAAGGCGCGACAUGGGAUGAGAUUGACUUCGAGUUUUUGGGUAAUCUCACUGGACAGCCUUACACUAUCCACACUAAUGUCUUUACCGGAGGUAAAGGUGACCGUGAGAUGCAGUUUCAUCUCUGGUUCGAUCCCACCGCAGAUUUCCACACCUACACCGUCCACUGGAAUCCUGUUAACAUCAUCUUUCUUGUGGAUGGGAUCCCAAUUAGGGUGUUCAAGAACAACGAGAAAAAUGGUGUGGGUUACCCUACGAGCCAACCGAUGAAAAUAUACUCAAGCCUUUGGGAAGCCGAUGACUGGGCAACGCAAGGUGGUCGCGUGAAGAUUGACUGGAGCAACGCACCAUUCAGCGCCUCCUACAGGAGCUUCAACGACCAAAGCGCAUGUAGCAGAACCUCGAACGCAACAUGGGUGGCUUGUGACGCAAACAAAGACUCGUGGAUGUGGACAUCUCUCAAUAACCACCAGUACGGACAGAUGAAGUGGGUGCAAGACGAAUUUAUGAUCUACAACUAUUGUACCGAUUAUAAGAGGUUCCCUCAGGGUCUCGCCAAGGAAUGUAACCUUUAAACCAACUUGGUUGAUUCUACUUUGAGAAUUUUCGAUCAUUUUCUUCAAUAAGCUUUUUUUUUUAAUUUCCCUUUUCAUUUUACUUCAUACUUGUGAUGAAACUUUGAUUUAUUCUUUUGGUGUUUCUGGGAUAGGAUAAUACAGGUAUAUGCAAUCUCACUGAGAAAAUAAAAAAAGUAAUACUUGAUAAUACAUUCUAUUUCGCAGUUAUGUGGUCUGAUGUUUAUUAUUGCUGUUUUCUUGUUUAAUUAUGUGAUUGUUUAUUUUGCGUUCCAUGUGUAAGCAACAUCGAUGUGGUAAAAAAAAUAAAAAUACGCACGAAAAGAAAUACACAAUAAUUAAAAAGUUGUGAGAUAUCGCAUUUCCUCAAACAAUCCAGGUGAACUGCAACAUUGGUUCUUCUGUUCUUUAAAGAUCUAUUUUUUAGAAAAAAAAUUUAUUUCAAAAAGAUAUAUUUUUAAUACAUUAAUUAAUGAAAAAUUGUACUUUUCAAAAAUUGCAACUGUAUUUAAUAAAAUCUCAUUGGUUAAAAAAUUAUUAAAAAUAGUUAAUUAAAAAAAAUAAUGUAUUGGAAAAUAUAAUUUUAAUUUUUUUCUUAAUAAGUGUGAAAAAAGUAUAACAUAGAUCUUUUAGGAACGGAUGGAGUAACACCUUACUUUUGUGCGGCAAACAUAGGUUAUAGCUUGAUAGUGUUAUUGAAACAGAUAUUUUACUCAUGAGUAAGAAAUAUUAUUUUAUCUGUGAUUUGAAAAGCAAAUGUUCUACAAACAUAGGUCAUGCAGAUUUAGCGUUGACUAAUAAUAUAAAACAUUUGCUUUUCUCUCCUGUGUUAAGGAAAUAUGAAAAAAAAAAAUCAAACAAGCUAAAAUACAUAUAUUUUAUCUGUGAUUUUGUGACUAAAGAUCAAAGAUCUCAAUAACUUAAAAGUUUAAUUCAGUGUAAAGUACUAAACAUAUUUAUAUUAUGAAAUUCAGAAAUUGAAAAAAAAAGAAGUUACUUACUUACAAAGUUAAUGAAUGCGUGAGUUGGUCCAACUAAUAACAGGACCAAACUUUAAAGACUCUUACCUGUUAAGGGUCACUAUUAGGAAGUGAACUUUUGGGACAAUCCAAAUUAUAGCACAGAACGUCUCUCAAUGCCAAUAUCAUUCCCCUUCGACAAUUAUGUUUAAAUUAUAUAUUUAUUUAUUUUUAAUAUCCAUGAUCUUUCAAUUUAUAUAAGUUUAGAUGCAUAUUCCAGCUCACAUUUGUCCAAACUCGUAAUUCUCCGAUCAUUUUGUUUAUUUCAUCUUUCGGAUCAGUUUUUUUUUACAUAUUUGCCUAAGUAUCAUUUUUUUUUCCUUUAUAUUUUUAGACGAACUCAGAUUUUUAAAGUAAAGUCAUAUCUAGAAAUUAUUAACACAACAAUAAUAAUAAUUAACUAAUAGAUAUUUUAAUUUAUAGAUAUUGAAAAUUGGUAUGAACAAUAAUUAAACACAAGUUAAGUUAGGUUUAGAUGGUUUGAAUCGAUGGUUCAAGGUUCCUCAUAAUAUUCAGAUCCAAAAUCUAAAUUUGAACCCAAUCCAAAAUAUCUAAACUCGAACCCAUCCAAUUAUAAAAAUAUUUGAAUUUGUACUGAAUAAGAGCAGAUUAGAUAUUCAACCCUGAUAUUAUCCGAAUUUAAUAUGAACAUAUUCAAUACUAUUAUAUAAGAUGUUAUCCUAUUUUUUAAAUUUUAAAAUAUCGUAUAUUUUGUUAAUAUGUUAUAUGUUUUGGUUUCGGGAGAUGAUGAAGGGGUUUCUGGCGCAAAUGAAUAUUAGAAAAAGGUCUGUUCACAACCUUUCCUUUUAGUCGAGUAAGAAAUAUUUCAUUUAUAUUUAGAUAUAUAUGUGUUAGUUUAAAUACAAAUAUGUUUGUAGCAGGUAUAUAUAUAAAUUCAGAUAAAGAAAAAAUAAAGAUAUUCAAUAUUAUAUAUUUUGAAUAUUUAUUACAUUAUUCAAAUAUAUAUAUAAAUAUAUUCGAAUCCAAAGCUUAUAGUAAACUCCUAAACCAAAAUAUCUAAAAAUCUAAAAUACCUAAUUCAAAUCCGAAUACUCAAAUGGUAUAUAGAAUUGUUACUUUCUAUUUUAAUUACAAUCUGGCUUGUGCUAAACAACCUCAUUUAGAAGUUAGAACCACUCGUGACAAUUUAUUUUUAUGUCCAUAAGAAAAAAAAAUGGUAAACCAUUCUCCGGAGAGAAUGUGAAAACUCAAGUGGCCACGCGUAUGAAAAUCUGGCGUAGUGCGGAUUUGAAUUCGGGUUCCAAGAAACCACGGAACGUCUUGACCAUCCAACCACAUACGUGUGGUUAUGUCCAUAAGAGAAUAUGGAGACAAAUUGAAACUGUUUGAGUUCGCCCAUCUUAUAUUUACCAAGAGGUGUCAUGCCUAUCUCCGUGAUCAGAGCACUCCUCUCCAGCAGCUUUUUGUUUCCAGCUCUGGUUUCAAAUUUUAUUCAAUUAAUUCCACAAAAUGUUACACAAAAAAAGUAAAAAAAAAAAUAAUUUCCACAAAAUUGCAAGCCAAAAUAUUAUUCUUUCCGUUUCCAUUUAGUUAUCGAUUUAGACUUGUGUACACAGAUUAAAAAAACAUUUUUUAUAUAUUCUAAAUAAAUACAUCAUUACUUAAACACCUAACCACAUUUCAAUUAAUAGAAAAAUAAAUUAGAUUAUAAAAUCAAUAAAUUUUACAUUAAAA